GAGAAGCUAGCUGAGUAGUGAACUGGUCUUCUAAUCUCUCGUCAUCUUCAACCCCCCACUCCUCAAUCCCUCAUCUUUCCUUCUGUAGAUCAACAGUCUCUGAAAAAACGGAUUUUUGAAUCGAUUGAAAAUCGUGUAAAGAAAAUUAGGAGAGAAGAAAAAGUAGUGCAGUUGUUUAUUUCUUCCUUUCGGGUUUUUGGUUUAUUUGGCCAUAAGUAAUAUAUAUAUUUAUUUUCGUCUUUCUUGGGUUUUGGAUUUUCUUUAUCUUUUCUUUUGAUGGGUUCAGAGGCAGAGGAAGUCAUAAAAGGGGAAAAUGGAGUAACCAAGAAAGUGCAAAAGGUGCAGAGUUAAAAUUUCAUGCAUCCAAAACUGUGCCCUUUGGAAUUGUUUGGAUCAUGGGAAUUUGGCUAUGUAAUGAAAAAUUUUGCUCUUGAAAGACUCAAAACAGACAAAAAAAUCUCUCCCUCAAAACUAUUUUGCUAACUAAUUUCAAAUAAACAAGGUUAAGGGUAGUUUCAAUUUUUAUUUUGAUUUUUUAGAGCUUAAGAGGGACUGUAUCAGUGUAUAUAGUCACCAGCAAUGAAGAGACUUGGAAGUUCUGAUUCCUUGGGUGCUUUGAAUCCUUUGAUGUCCAUUUGUCCCAACACUACAGAAGAACAUAACCAAGGGAACAAUCAAGCUUACACGAGGGAGUUCCAGGCCUUGUUGGAGGGCUUAGAUGAGGACGGUUGUGUGGAAGAAUCAGGAGGCCACAUGGCCGAGAAGAAAAGGAGAUUAAGUGUUGAUCAAGUGAAAGCAUUGGAGAAGAAUUUUGAAGUGGAAAACAAGCUUGAACCGGAGAGAAAAGUUAAGUUGGCUCAAGAACUUGGUUUGCAGCCAAGACAGGUGGCUGUUUGGUUCCAAAACCGCCGUGCACGGUGGAAAACCAAACAAUUAGAGAGAGAUUAUGGCGUUCUCAAAGCCAAUUUUGAUACCCUCAAGCACAAUUAUGAAACUCUCCAACUGGACAAUGAAAAUCUACUCAAAGAGAUUUGGGAGCUGAAAUCGAAGCUAAAUGAAGAUGGCAUAAGUGAAAGCAAAGUAAUUGUGAAGGAAGAAAAAAUUGUGUCUGAAACUGAUGAAAAAAGCAAAGCUGAAACCACAUGGAAUUCUCUGACUAAAUGUGAUCAAGAUUCCACUGAUCUGCACUUGGAGAAUCUUAAUGGCACCAAUGGAGUAAUUUCUGCACCAGUUUUUACUGAUUUUAAAGAUGGAUCAUCUGAUAGUACUGAUUCAAGUGCAAUCUUGAAUGAAGACAACAAUAGCCCUACUGCUGCUAUUUCUUCAUCUGCUGGUAGGGUGAGCCCACCUCAAUUCUUGGACUUACAGAAUGGAUCCAGUUCAUCUAUGGCUUGCACUUUCCAGUUUUCAGAACCCAAAACGAAUAUCAUUCGAGAUGCCCACAAAGCUUAUCAACCACAAUUCGUCAAAAUCGAGGAACACAAUUUUUUCGGCGAGGAGUCGUGCAGUACUUUCUUUUCAGAUGAUCAAGCUCCGACCCUCCAUUGGUACUUCCCCGAAGACUGGCACUAAAGAUCAAUCCACCCCAAAAAUCAUGUCAUAAUAAGGAAAAUUCGACGAAUGGGGAUUGGAAACCAAGCCAUCCAAAUUUUUUUUUACAGAGUUUUAAGCUUAUCACUAAAAGUACAAAGGGUCUCUCUCCUUCUCUUCUUCGGCGUCGCAUAGGAUCAAGAAGAUGAGAUAGAGAGAGAUGAGCAGGGCAACAGGGGCCAGGGAGUGGGGAGAUCAGACUGGGAACUUCAGAAUUCACGUGGGGUUGUAGGGGGGAGAGAGAAGCAUGUGUCGGCGAGGGUAAAAAUCCUACUUUUAUGUCAAUAAUUGGGUAAUAAAUUGGACUCUGGUUUGGUAAUUUAUUUACACUGGUUUUUUAUUUUACUGUUAAGCUUCAAAAUCCUGUAAUGGUACAACUUUUGGAAGCAGUAAAAGUGGCUAAAGUUUACCAUAUA